AUGGGCGCCGCAGAGGAGCUGGCCGCUUUCCAGCCGGCGCCGCGGGGCUUCGGCCUCUGGGACUACGGCGUCUUCGGCCUGAUGCUGCUGGUCUCCACGGGCAUCGGCCUCUUCCAGGCGCUGUGCCGGGGCGGCCAGAAGAGCCCCGAGGACUUCUUCACGGGCAGCCGGAGAAUGUCGGCGCUGCCGGUGGGCCUGUCGCUCUCGGCCAGCUUCAUGUCGGCCAUCCAGGUGCUGGGCGUCCCGGCCGAGGCCUACCGCUACGGCCUGAAGUUCCUCUGGAUGUGCCUGGGCCAGCUGCUCAACUCGCUGCUCACCGCCGGCCUCUUCCUGCCCGUCUUCUACCGCCUGGGGGUCACCAGCACCUACGAGUACCUGGAGCUGCGGUUUUCCAGGAAAGUCCGGCUGUGUGGCACAAUCCAGUACAUCAUUGCCACGGUGCUGUACACGGGAAUCGUCAUCUACGCCCCGGCCUUGAUCCUCAACCAAGUGACGGGUCUGGACAUCUGGGCCUCGCUUCUCUCCACGGGCACCAUCUGCACUUUCUACACCACCAUUGGGGGCAUGAAAGCGGUCAUCUGGACGGACGUCUUCCAGGUCUUGGUGAUGCUGUCCGGCUUUGUGGCCAUCUUGAUCCAGGGGACGCUGCUGGUCGGGGGGCCGGGGCAGGUCCUCUCCAUCGCCCGCAACCACUCCAGGGUCAACCUGGGAGACUUCAACCUGGACCCCCACAGCCGCUACACCUUUUGGACCUUCCUCUUCGGGGGCACGCUGGUCUGGCUCUCCAUGUACGGGGUCAACCAGGCCCAGGUCCAGCGUUACGUGGCCUGCAAGACGGAGAAGGAGGCCAAACUGUGAGUUGCCCGGAGGAGUUCCGCUUCUGGCCCCGCGUCCCGGGAAUUUCUGCUGUUUCUUCUCCCUCCCCAGUACAUGCCCUACCUGGUGCUGGACAUCUUUGAGCGCUGUCCGGGGGUGCCCGGCCUCUUCCUGGCCUGCGCAUACAGUGGCACUUUGAGCACGGCCUCCACCAGCAUCAACGCCAUGGCGGCCGUCACCGUGGAGGACCUGAUCAAACCGAACAUGCCCGGCCUGACGCCACGGAAACUCGCCCUGAUCUCCAAGGGGCUCUCGUUGAUCUACGGCACAGCCUGCAUCACAGUGGCAGCUCUUUCGUCUUUGCUCGGAGGGGGCGUGCUGCAGGGCUCCUUCACGGUCAUGGGGGUGAUCAGUGGGCCCCUCCUGGGCGCCUUCAUCCUGGGCAUGUUCUUUCCAUCCUGCAACACCCUGGGGGUUUUCUCCGGCCUUGGCGUCGGCUUCCUCCUCUCCUUUUGGGUCGCGGUGGGGGGCACCCUCUACCCGCCCAGUGCCAGCACCAUGGGCGUCCUGCCCUCCUACGCAGACUUCUGCCCGCUUUACAACGUCUCCCAGGGCACCAACAGCACCCUGCUCUACGGGGCGCUGUCCCCCCACCCCGCCUUGGAGCAGCCAGAGAGGCCGGCCAUUGCAGACGAAUUCUAUGCCAUCUCCUACCUCUACUACGGCGCCCUGGGGACCCUCAGCACGGUGGUGGUGGGGCUGCUGGCCAGCGGCCUGAGAGGCUCCCCUGGCGAGGACAGCAAACGGCCAUCCAUGUUGUGGUGGGAUAUCAUGAAGAGGCCGUUGGACACGACCCCCAAGGACGCUGCUGAUCCCCAGAAGAAGGCACCAGACUCGGCCUCCGUGGAUCUCGGCUUCGAGGCGGAGGAGAAGACCCUGCUGGCCAAGGAGGAGUUGAGCCCGGCCACAGGCUCGGCGGAGUCCAUCUGUGCCUGCCACGCUCUGGACCACGGCUGCUUCCACCUCCUCCGAGAGACCUGCGUCUAGGGCCAGAGGGUGGGGUGGG